AUGCUGUAUCGUUUAUUGAGGCACUUUUCCAAUGAUGCUAAACCCUAUGAUAUGACAUCCUUACAGUUGUACAAACAUUUAUUACGCCAAUGCGAAAGAUUGCCGCCAGACGCUUGUAAACAUUACAAAUUCGCCGUAAAACAGAGUUAUAAGCAGCAUAAGGCAGAAUUGGACCCUGAAAGGAUAAAAGAGAUAAUAUGUAAGAGUAAGGAAGAUGCUAAAUGGAUCAUUAACAAGUAUACCAAGUGA